GGAUCGGUGGAUCCCUCUUUGUUCUCUAGCGAAUUGACGAGAGCUCGAUCUCCUCUUCUAAAUUUCUCUGCAAUAACAAAAUCAAUGGAAACUCAUGUACAGAAUUUCCUGAACAAAAUCUCCGUAGCUUGUGCAACCAUAGCUACAAUCACUCUUCUUUACCUCUAUCUCCAAACCCCAGAAACCUGCAUUCCACCAGACACCCCAAUCACAAAAUCCAACCUCAAAUUCCCCUCCUCCACCUGCGACCCUGCUCUGAACCGCCCUUACCUUUCUCACGACAAGAAAAACCAGCGACUGUGGUCCUCCAAGUCCUGGCUCUCUCAGGUCUCCUCCUUCACCGCUUUCUUUUCACAGGUCCAACACCUCAAUCUCUUGCAUAACCACUCCAGAGUCCUCUGUGUCUCCGCCGGUGCUGGCCACGAAGUCAUGGCACUGAAUAAUAUGGGUGUCAGUGAUGUUACUGGUGUUGAGUUGGUGGAUUCUUUACCUCUUGUCAGAAAGGCUGACCCCAAUAAUUUGCCAUUUUUCGACGGUGUUUUUGAUUUGGCUUUCAGUGCUCGGUUGGUGGAGGCGUUGUUUCCAUUGAGGUUUGCUGGGGAGAUGGAGAGGACGGUGAGGAGAGGAGGGGUGUGUGUGAUAGUUGUGGAGGAGUGUGGAAACGAAGAGGUGAGUGACAUUGUUGGGCUGUUUAGGAAAUCCAAAUUUGUUGGUGCUAAGAAUGUUACAUUGAUUGGAAUGAAGAUGACUAGGAUCAUCAUGAGUGUUGCUGUUUCUUCUCCUUCAUGAAUCCUUUCUCUCUUGUGAAAGAGCUGUUAUACAUUUGAUAUUCAAGACUGAGAUUGAGUUUAUAGCAAAUGUAGAAGAAGGUAUAACAUUCCCUUUUAUCGGAAAGAGGGUGUUCAGAAUGGUCUUCUGCACUUGGAGAUGGAAUAUAUGAUUGAGGAGUGAGUCACAGUAAUGCCUAAGGUUAAUCACAGUUUGUCAGUAGGUCAUUCGCUUGAGCAAUUUUUUAAUGCAACACCUUUGUUCAUAUUCAGUUCUUAUUCAGAGGGAUUGCAAAUUUUGGGGGACUAGUGGCUCUAUUGAACUUGGUACAAGAAGUUCUAAUAUUUUCAUGCUGUAACAACAUUGUGUUUUUGGUUAUUAGAUGUAAUUUAUGGAGCACAUAAUUGACCAACAUUUGGUUUCUCUUAUUAUGUCCAUUUUCUACUUUCUAC